CGUGCCCGCCCACGCGACCCGUCGGGCCGGCCGGUCCUCGGGCCCGCGGACCCAGGAAGGGCAAGGCGGCGGCGCCCGGGCGGCGGGACGGUCGUCGGAGGGCGCCCCCACGCCGAGCCCCUUCCCAGCCCCCCACCAUGGCCCGGGGCGGCAGUCAGAGCUGGAGCUCCGGGGAGUCGGACGGGCAGCCGGAGGAGCGGGCGGCCGGGGAGAGCGGAGGCAAGAUGGUGAAGGAGACCCAGUACUAUGACAUCCUGGGGGUGAAGCCCAGCGCGUCCCCGGAGGAGAUCAAGAAGGCCUACCGGAAGCUGGCGCUCAAGUACCACCCGGACAAGAACCCGGAUGAGGGCGAGACGUUCAAGCUCAUAUCCCAGGCAUAUGAAGUGCUUUCAGAUCCAAAGAAGAGGGACAUUUAUGACCAGGGUGGUGAACAGGCGAUUAAGGAAGGAGGCUCAGGCAGCCCCAGCUUCUCUUCACCCAUGGAUAUCUUUGACAUGUUCUUUGGGGGCGGGGGACGGAUGGCUAGAGAGAGAAGAGGCAAGAAUGUUGUCCAUCAGUUGUCUGUAACUCUUGAAGAUUUGUAUAAUGGAGUCACAAAGAAGUUGGCCCUCCAGAAAAAUGUAAUUUGUGAGAAAUGUGAAGGCGUCGGUGGGAAGAAGGGGUCUGUGGAGAAGUGUCCCCUGUGCAAGGGCCGCGGGAUGCAGAUCCACAUCCAGCAGAUCGGGCCGGGCGUGGUGCAGCAGAUCCAGACCGUGUGCCUCGAGUGCAAGGGCCAGGGCGAGCGCAUCAGCCCCAAGGACCGCUGCAACAGCUGCAGUGGCGCCAAGGUCAUCCGCGAGAAGAAGAUUCUCGAGGUGCACGUGGAGAAAGGUAUGAAAGAUGGGCAAAAGAUACUGUUUCCUGGAGAAGGAGAUCAGGAGCCUGAGCUGGAGCCUGGCGAUGUCAUAAUUGUGCUUGAUCAGAAGGAUCAUAGUGUCUUUCAGAGACGAGGCCACGACUUGAUCAUGAAAAUGAAAAUUCGGCUUUCUGAAGCCCUCUGUGGCUUUAAGAAGACGAUAAAAACGCUGGACGAUCGAGUUCUCGUCAUCACGUCCAAGUCGGGCGAGGUGAUAAAGCAUGGUGACCUGAGGUGUGUGCGUAACGAAGGGAUGCCCAUCUACAAAGCACCCCUGGAGAAGGGGACUCUGAUCAUCCAGUUUCUAGUCGUCUUUCCCGAGAAACACUGGCUUCCUCAAGACAAGCUUGCGCAGCUGGAGGCCCUGCUGCCCCCGCGGCAGCAGGUGAGGGUCACGGACGACAUGGACCAGGUGGAGCUGAAGGAGUUCAACCCCAGCGAGCAGAACUGGCGGCAGCAGCGGGAGGCCUACGAGGAGGAGGACGACGACGGGCCGCGGGCCGGGGUGCAGUGCCAGACGGCGUGAGCGGCCGGAGGACUCGUGCGCCCCGAGUGUAACGUUGGCACAAUGAAAAUGGCAUCGCCUAAUGGCCUCGUGUCUGCGUGUCCUGUGUGUGUGUUCAGCCCUCUCAGUUGCUGAGCGUCUUCUUGGUUUUUCUCUUGUUUUUCUUUUGGUUGUCACUUAAGUUAUAGCUUAAUUUAUAUUUAAAUGUUUCAAGUGUAAAUCA